AUGGCUUCAAGGACGGAACAAAGUCACAAGACAUCCAUGCUGCAUGCCCUAGCGCUGGCUAAGAAAUCACCACCCCGCCCUAACAAUUUUCGUGUUGGUGCCAUUUUGGUCAAUCUUGAUGACGGGCAAGUUGUGGCCGAGGGUUACACUCUAGAAUGCGAGGGUAAUACUCAUGCUGAAGAGUGCUGUCUUCUCAAGCUCGCCGAGCAACACGGUACGACGGAGGAAGGCUUGGCCAAUGUCAUCAAAACUCCUCACGCGCUCUACACGACCAUGGAGCCAUGUUUCAAGCGACUCAGCGGCAAGUUGCCUUGCGUUGAACGGGUCUUACGACAGAAGUCAUGGAUCAAAGAGGUUUAUCUUGGAGUCCAAGAACCAGAAAAGUUUGUUGGUCAGAACCCUGGCCAGGGAAUGCUCGAAUCUGCCGCCAUCAAGGUGACUGUGGUGCCGGGAUUUGAGAAGGAGAUUCUCGAGGUUGCCACAGCCGGUCAUGUAUCUGAAUCAUGA